AGCUGCGUAGCCUACACUUUGGCGGAUACAGCUCUAAGAGCUCAGCAUUUCCCCCGGUGCCGGUCUUAAAGCUUCACAACCUUGAAGAACUCCAUCUCGACAUCGGUAGCUUGCUCCUGUCGAAGCAAAGCAUCAUAGACCUUGCCCAAGCGUGCCCAAAGCUGCGACGCUUGCAGGUGUUCGAUAUGCACGGCCUCAAUGAAGAAAACCUCCGACCCUGGUCGCUGAAUGCACUGGAGUGGUUCGCAACCCACCUGCCGAUGCUGGAAUAUCUAGAGACAAACUUUGACACCUACACUAUUCACACUCUCGAGACACCGCUUGCGCGGUCGCUCGUCCCGAUCAGCUUGGUGCUCGGAUUUUUGACCCUGUUGCACGAGAAGGAUUGGUGGCAUAUCGCGGCCUACAUAUCGUGUGUGUACCCGAACGCAAAGUGCGGGCUCGGAAAUAGCUGGGACAGUGUCGCUGACGAGGAAUUGCGGUCUGAUCAGCUGCAUUGGCGUUAUGUCGCGCGAGCAGUGGCGAAGGCGCGUGCGGACAAUUGUUAGAAUGUACUUUGCAUGCCAUUAAUCC